GCGAAGCUGGGUGGAGGAGCCGUGGCGCCCGCGGCUUCCGGCGCAAGCUGCCGCGGUGCCGCCGCGUGGACUCCGGAUGAGUCCAACGAGCCCAUCCCAUCGCAUUGCGGAUUUGCAGCUGCCAGCCUGACCAGUUGAGACUUGAGAGUGUGCGCAGGCGUCCGUGCGCUCCUCCCCCUCGCGGCCUCGCGUAAUCCCAAACCCCGGCGUCGCUGUCGCCUCGCGUAAUCCCAACUGAGUAGGGACAGAGAGGGCGGGCACCAUCACGCGGCCCCAGAUCCUAGCCACGCUCCCGCACCCACUCUUCCAUCGCACGCACGGGCGAGUGCGGCAGAUCGCUGGCGGAUCCAAUGCUGCUGCCCUGGUAGCUGCUGCACCGCGCGGCUGCUGGUUUGGUGCCCUCCGGCUGCGGCGCCGGGUCACUUUCGAUGUGACCAUCUGAGGAGGAAAGGAUGGCGGCUUCGGCGGCGGCAGCGCCUGGGUCGGCUGAGAGGCAGGCGCGCGGCGGCGCGGCGUCGGCGAUCGGCAACGCGGUAUUUAAGAGUGGCCCUCUCUUCAUAUCAUCGAAAGGAAUUGGAUGGAAAUCAUGGAAAAAACGUUGGUUCAUCCUCACACGAACGUCACUGGUUUUCUUCAAGAAUGAUCCUAGUACAUUACCACAGAGAAGUGGUGAAGUGAACCUUACAUUGGGGGGGAUUGACCUUAAUAAUUCUGGGAGUGUAGUGGUCAGGGAAGACAAAAGGCUGCUGACCGUCCUUUUUCCAGAUGGCCGUGAUGGUCGCGCCUUUACCUUGAAGGCAGAAAGUUCUAAAGAUUUGUUCGAGUGGAAAACAUCACUGGAAGAAGCUCUUGCACAAGCUCCAAAUGCAGCUCUUCUGAUGGGGCAUAAUGGAAUAUUUCGCAAUGACACAACAGAUGUGUAUGAAGAGGCUAUUCCAAAUUGGAGAGAGAAGAGACCUACCAAAUCACUAGUUGUUGGCAGGCCAAUACUACUUGCACUGGAAGAUAUAGAUGGCAGUCCUUCUUUUCUGGAAAAAGCUUUGUGUUUCCUUGAGAAACAUGGAAUAAAGGUGGAAGGAAUUUUGCGUCAAGCUGCAGAUGUGGAGGAGGUUGACAGGAGAUUGCAAGAAUAUGAGCAAGGAAGGACAGAGUUUGCACCAGAAGAGGAUGCUCAUGUUAUUGGUGACUGUGUAAAACAUGUUCUCCGGGAGCUUCCAUCUUCUCCUGUUCCAGCUUCCUGCUGUACAGCAUUAUUGGAAGCUUUCCGUCUGGACAUCAAGGAAUCUCGGAUCAAAUCUAUGCGUGCAGCAAUAUCUGAAACAUUUCCUGAGCCUACUAGGCGGCUGCUACAGAGAAUUUUGAAAAUGAUGCAUACCGUUGCUUCUCAUACUGCCGAGAAUAGAAUGACUCCAUCAGCAGUUGCUGCAUGUAUGGCCCCACUCUUGUUGCGUCCCCUUCUUUCUGGUGAAUGCGAGCUGGAAGAUGAUUUUGACAUGAGUGAUGACAGUGCUGCUCAGCUUAUUGCUGCUGCAAAUGCUGCUAACAGCGCUCAAGGCAUUGUAACUACUCUAUUAGAGGAAUACGAGAGUAUAUUCAAUGAUGAGCACUUUAGGUGCUCCUUAUCACCUGAUUCUCAAACAGGAGAUAGUGGAAGUGAAGAAUCAACUGAUGAUGAAACUGUGGAUAUCAAGGAUAAUGGGUUUCAUGAUGCAGAAAAUGAUGUAGAUCAAGAAUUAGAUGAUGCCGAGCGAAUACUGAAUGGAAAAUUGAGUGAAACCAGUGCAUGUGUCCAUGCUGACCUCCAUGACUACAAGCAGGAAGUUAAUGGCAACGAUUCAGACGCUGAGCUCUUUGUUGAGGAUAACACAUUUGAACCAAAUGUAAAUUUAAAUGAUACUCCCCUAAGUCGUUUAAUAGAAAAUGGAAAGAAACCAUCAAAUCUGGCGUCCAGUCAUGAAACUCCAUUAUCAGUGGGAGAAAUUCUUUCGUCUUUGGAUGCUGGAGUUCCAUUACCUGGUCGUGCAGCUGAAUAUUCCAAGGACAGACUCUCUAGCAAACCCAAUGGAAUUCAGCAGCAUGUGAAGCGUACUAACUUAUGGGGACGGAGCAAUGCAAGAAAGGGCCAACGUUCAGAGUUAGUUGAUCCUUCAAGUGAAGAAGAGCUUGCUAUUCAACGACUUGAGGUAAUGAAGAAUGACCUACAGGUCAGGAUUGCAAAGGAGGCUAGAAGUAAUGCAAUCCUACAGGCAAGUUUAGAAAGAAGAAAACAAGCACUACAUGAGCGCCGUGUGGCUCUGGAACAAAAUGUGUCAAGGUUGCAAGAGCAGCUACAGGCUGAAAGGGAUCUUAGAGCUGCACUGGAGAUUGGAUUAAGCAUGUAUUCUUCACAAUUUUCUAGCUCGCACUCCAUGGACUCAAAGACAAAGGCAGAGCUUGAGGAAAUUGCUCUCGCAGAAGCUGAUGUUGCAAGAUUAAAACAGAAGGUUGCAGAGCUGCAUCUCCAACUCAAUCAACAGCGCCAGCACCAGUAUGGCUCUUCGGUAGAUGCAAAUGAUUGUCCUCCGCACCUUCCAAAUCAUCUCUCACAGAACACUGUCCAAACUGGAUUUGAUAGGACCGUUGCUUUUUGUAAUCAAGAGAAGCAAAGAAAUGAGGAGAGCUUGCCGUGCACAUCCCACUGGAGAAGCAUCAAACAGCAUGUGCUCUCUCAGGAUUCUUCAAGGCCUUUCUCCCGAAAGCAUUCCUCAGACACCUCCUUGAGUGAUUCAAUGGAGGCAUCAACAAGUGUGCUUGCAGAGGGCGGGCCACUGUUGGUGAACAUCGCCAGAACAACAGAACAGGGUGUUGAAUACGGGAGACCUCCGACUGUGCCGUCAUCUACUCUAGUUGAACUAACAACCAGGCUAGAUUUCUUCAAAGAACGGCGGUCACAAUUGAUGGAACAGCUCCACAGCCUCGAUUUAGGGCAUGGAUCCGCGUCCCAUGGUUUCCCAUACAAAUCUUCAUCUCCCUGGAACAACCCAAGGUAGGGGGCUUGUUCAGUUGCUGCAUUACCGCGCAUCUGUAUAUUCUUGGUAUAGGAUCCCUUUUGUUUCACUUUAUCUCUGUAGAAGCUGGUCUCGUUUUUGUUUCACUUGUUAUCUCUGUAGAAGCUGGUAGUGAGAAUGUAUAUACCCCUUGCCUGCCUUCACUUGUUUUGCUAGUGCUUCCAGCGGACAUUUUUCGAGCGUGAUUUUUGUUUUGCUUUUGUAUUUAUUGUGUAUGUAAUGACUCAAGGGGAAAUAUAUAGAUGCGUCUUUUUUUCUUGGGGAUA